CAUAGUUUGCCGGUUCCGUUGUCAUCUGGAAAUGAAGUUCAAAUAAAUUUUGUAAACCUUGGAUACAAAUGUAAUAUUCAUUUCUUAGAACACAUUCAGAUUAAUCUAAAUAUUGAUUACUCGAGACGAGGAAAUCUUCAAAUAUUUCUCAUUUCUCCCAAAGGAAGUCUGACAAUGCUGUUGACUCUUAGACAUAAAGAUUCAUAUGUAAUGGGCUUUAAAAAUUGGAAUUUCACUUCAGUUCACUUAUGGGGUGAAGACCCGCGGGGGCACUGGAGGCUUAUUGUUCGAGACCCGAAAAAUGACACCCAAAAGGGCAAAGUGACCAAGGCUACACUUAUACUUCACGGCACAGACAAACCUGCCGGUUGUCUACGGUAUGGACCGCGAAGAUAUCAGGACGAAGACCUCAUCUCACAAACUAUCGAUAGGACACCGGUAUUACGAGUUUAUUCACUAUAUUGA